AUGCAUCCACGCGAUAGAUAUCGUGGAGGACCACCAGGUGGCGGAGGCAGAGGCGGCGGAGUUGGCCUCAGAGACUCGCGAGACCAACAAUACAUGGAUCGUCGCUAUCCGGAUGAGCCACCAUAUGGCCACCCACCAGCCCACCGUGGUGGGAGGGAUUCUUAUGGAGGCGCUGGUGACGGCGGCGGGUACGGCAGGGACCCUUAUCGUGAGCGCGAGAGAGAGCGUGAGCGUGAGAGGGAGCGAGAGCGUGAGAGAGAUAACUACCGACAGAGGGGCGACUACCGACAUCCGCCGCCGCCACCACUCCGCGAGGACCGUCGCUCACCACCACCCUACAGAGGCGACGACCGUCGCGCGCCUCCCCCUGUCUACCACGAGAGCAAGAGUCCCUAUGGAUACAGAGAUCAGAUGGAGCGCGGAGAACGCCACCAUCAACCCUCCAGCCACCCCAACGAUCGUCACUCAAGCGAGUCAUCAGCGCAUCACAGUCACAGUCAUUCAUACUCUUUGCCAAGCGCGUUGGAGUACACUUCCACCUCUUCAUCAUACACAUCCACUGCCUCUGCAAGUGCCACUGUCGACUCGAUGCUCUCGACACCAACCGUGACAAAGAAGAAAGAGACACUCACAUCGCCCAGCGAGACAAGGGAUGGCCAGCUCGACACUCCGCCACAGAAGAGGGACAGGGCCACUGAGCUCAUGUCCAGUCGACUGGAACAACAGAGACUUUUGAAGAAGCAAAAGACAGAGCACAGCGGCAGCAACAGUAAUAAUACAAGCGGACCACCAACACCAACGACGACAUCAUCAUCAACAUUGACAACCAGCGCAAAGAAGACACCAGCGACAUCAACACCACCAACAACAUCGAGUACACCCAAGCGCACACAACAAUUGAAGAAUGCAUCCGAUUCGAGCGAUAGUAGUGGGCCGGAUAGGUCCAGGGUGGCGCCAAAGAAGCCGGCAAAUGGGAGCGCCAGGAAGCGUCCUGUUCGGACUAUUAGCAGCAGCGAGAGCAGUAGUGGCGAGAGCAGCGAUGGCAGUGGCAGCGACAGUGACAAUGGCAGCUACUCAUCAAGGUCGAGCAGUGGCGGAAGUAGUUACUCGGGCAGCGAUGAUGAAAGUGGCAGCGACUCCUCGAGCUACUCCUCAUCGUCAUCCUCUGAUGGAGAGGACCACAAGAAGCAUGCACAUGGACGCAAGGUCCCCAGGUCAGUCAAACGCGGUGACAACAAGAAGGCGGAUGUGAAGAAGUCCACAUCCAACAAGUCCUCCAAGUCAUCCUCAACUUCUGCGACAUCCAAGUCCACCGCGACCAAGAAGAAGACGACAGAGAGCACCAAGACAAACGCAAAGACAUCACAAUCGACGCCUCAACAGAAGAAGAACUCUAUCAAAACAACAGCUACAACGACAACAACGACAAAGUCCUCAAAGCCAUCGACCACCUCCGGUGGUGAAGGUGGCAAAGCGACCAACAGCAACACCAGCAGCAGCGGCAACAAGAAGGAAUCAAGAGAGGAGGAGAAAGAGAGGAUCAUGCAGCUGUUGCAGUCCAAGAAGCCAGCCAAGAAGCAGAUCUCUCCAACAUCGGCGGCCAAGAGUGGGGGUGGAAACAGUGCGAAAUCAGAGAUGAGCGCCAUCGAUGGACUUUCCGAGCCCCAGGCCAUCAAGAAGAUCGAAGAAAUGAUUACCAAAGGUCUUAGUCAUUCCAAAGCAGCAGUACUGAUACAAAAGGCCAGAGGCAAGGAGUUCAAAUAUACCAAGACAAAUUUCUUUGCAGAGAGAAAGAAUAAGCAGUUGCUGAAGGAUGACAUUGCAGCAUGUGCCUGCUAUCAAUGGGGCGUGUCAAAGUGUGGACCAGAGUGCUUGAACCGCAAGUCAUUCAUUGAGUGCGAUGGCAACACAUGCGAGCUAGGCGACAAGUGCGGUAAUCAACGAUUCAAUCGCAGGGAGUACGCCAAGAUCACACCGUUCAACGCCGAGCGGAAGGGCUGGGGCCUCAAGGCCUUGGAGAAGAUCAAGGCCAAGCAGUUCAUCAUUGAGUACUGUGGCGAGGUGAUCAGCAAGAAGGAGUCGCUGGAGCGCAUGAGCGAGGCCGAUGGCGAGAAGUAUUUCUACUUCCUCACGCUCGACGCCAAGGAGGUGUUGGACGCCUCUCGCAGGGGCAACCUGGCCAGGUUCAUCAACCACUCGUGCGAUCCAAACUGCGAGACCCAGAAGUGGUCGGUCGAUGGCGAGACGCGCAUCGGCAUCUUUGCCAUCAAGGACAUCGAGCCAGGCACCGAGCUGACGUUCGAUUACAACUUUGAGCGAGUGGGCGACUCCAAACAGUCGUGCUACUGCAAAUCUGCCAACUGUCGCGAGUACCUGGGCAACAAGCCACCCUCCACCAAGACCAAGGAGCCCAAGCCGGCGCCUCCACCCGUCAUCACAGUUCCACGCAGCGAUCACAUCGAGCUCGACCACACCGACCUGCUCAAGCACUUCCUCAGCCAACAAGACACACCACCGCCGUACCAAUACGAGACGGAGCUGUCCGAGGAGAACCAGCAACUGUUGGUCAAGUUCAUGAAGGUGUUCCUUCCACGCAAUGUCCGAUCCACCCAACGUCAUCAUUGUUCAAUCAUUGCCAGUGUAUUCAAAGAGCAUGGUUUGGAGCUGCCCGAGCAACUUCAACAACUAUCCACCAACCUCGACAACACCAUCAAGCAGCAACACCCACGACCAAAGACCAUCCAGCAAGUGAUGGAGAGGCUGGCAACAACACAAGCAUCAUCAAACACAACAAAAUCAAAAUAA